CUUUGUUUGUUUACAAAAAACACGUUUCUUUAACUUUGGUUUUUUGCCCAAAAAUUCGUGAAAUUAUGUCGUGUCAGGUGAUAAAACAAGGUGCGGAAGGUAAAUUGUACAUUGGAGAGUAUAAAGGGGAGAAAUGUUUGGUGAAAGAACGCUUCCAGAAGAAAUACCGGCAUCCGGAACUCGAUGCACAGCUGACGAAGGAGAGAAUCAGAGCUGAAGUAAAAGCGAUAGGAAAGUGUGCUGGGCUUGGUAUUCGUACUCCAAAGGUCUUUGGGCAUGAUCUCAAUGAUCGUAAGAUCUAUAUGGAAUACUUCGAAGAGGCUGAAACUGCUAAAGACUAUAUAAAUAGGUUGAUUUCUUCAGAAGAAGAUGCAGUGGAAGCAGAGAAGAAAUUGGAAGAACUUGCUAUGAAUAUUGGGAAGAUUCUGGGCAAAAUGCACGAGAAUAAUUUAAUACAUGGUGAUCUCACAACUUCAAAUAUGCUAAUGGUACCGAGGGAGGAUGGUCAGAAGGAACUGGUGAUGAUAGAUUUUGGCUUAUCUAAAGGGAACAACAACAACGAAGCGAAAGGAGUCGAUCUCUAUGUUUUAGAGAGGGCUCUUCUAAGCACUCAUAGUGGAGCCCCAAAGCUCUUUUCAGCAAUUAUGAGGGCGUAUAAGGAGGAGAAUCGAAAGAACUCGGAAUCUGCAGUGGCUAAGUAUGAAGAAGUCCGGGCCCGGGGAAGAAAAAGAACAAUGGUUGGGUGAAGAUCUAAACAAUUUCAUUGUAAUAUCGAUUUUUUAUUAAAUUAAUAUCUUACACU